AGUGAUGUGAUGUAACAAUGAAAGUUAAGGUUGUUCUGUUAAAUUUGAGUUGCUGAUUGCCCAGUUAAAUCAUAAAUUUAUUUUCUUUAUUGUGUUUUAAAGUAAUAAUAAGUUAACUUGUGAGGUUGUACAUUUAAGCGGAAAGUUAGGUCCGAUAUUUCAAUAUGCUUUAUUUAGAGGAUUAUUUAGAAAUGAUAGAGCAUCUGCCACAGGAGUUGAGAGAUAGAUUUACCGAUAUGAGGGAAAUGGAUUUACAAGUUCAAAACACGAUGGACACAUUAGAGAAGAGGGUAAAGACAUUCUUCUCUAAUGCAAAGAAGAUGAAACCUCAGGAGAAGGACAAUGAGUAUGAAUUGAUUAGCAAGGACUACUACAAAACACUGGAAGUGGCAGAUGAGAAGGUGCAGCUGGCCAAUCUUAUGCACGAUCUAGUGUCCCGGUAUCUGCGUCGCUUGGAGCAUGAGACUCACAAGUUCAAGAUGGAGCUGGAAGCCGACAAUAUGGGCAUUACAGAAAUAUUGGAAAAGCGGUCUCAGGAAGUCGAUGUACCUCCAAGCAAUGGCUGCCAGAAGGAAAAUCGAUACUCAUUUGCUACUCAUAGAAGUUCUGUGACUAAUUCAACGGAAAAGAGGAGAGAUUCGACAACUUCGGAUCACAGGAGAGCAGUGUCAACAUUGACUGAACUGAGAAUGUUACCACAGAGUCCAACACCUCCGUCCACACCUCUGCCCAUGGUCAACUACAACCUGAGUCAUAUUGCUGGUAGUGGGCUAGGCCACAUGGGAGCUGGAGGGACUGCCAUAGCUGCAGCAGCAUCACAAGCUAUAGCUGCUACACAACAGAUGCAGCAAGGCCGUCGCACUGCAAGUCUGAAGGCCUCAUAUGAAGCGAUCAACUCAGGAGGGUCUGGGGUGGGGUCUGGAGGCAGUGGUUCCCACAGUCACGAACUGAGUAUUAGCAAGGAGUUGGCUGGGGCCGCGCAAACUGCCAUUGCUGCCAUUCAGGACACCAGCAAGAAAAACAAAAAACAGAAGGUGAGUGUCAGCAGCCCAGCUGUUCCAGCAGUCGUGCCAAGCCCUGCAGUCUCUCCUCAGGCCGAUCGUUCAUCAGACCUCUCAUAUGACCCGAACGAGCCUCGUUAUUGCAUAUGUAACGAAGUAGCAUUCGGCGGCAUGGUCGCUUGUGAUAAUCAAACGUGUCCGUACGAGUGGUUCCACUAUCCAUGUGUGGGGAUAACAGAUCCCCCGAAGGGGAAGUGGUACUGCCCCCAGUGCACAGCUGCCAUGAAGCGGCGAGGAUCUCGCAAAAACUAAAGCCAGAUCAUGAAUAAUCCAUACACAAAUGCUUUAAUUUUGCUUAUAUAUUUUAAUUACUAGUAAUAUAAUUGAAGUUGAUACUCUGAGCAUAUUGUAACUAUUCUGUUUAGAUGUAGUUUAACAUAAUUGUAGUUCACUCAAGCAUACUUAAAUUAAAUUAAGGUUCAGCUCACUAGCCAACAACUUUACAGAAAAUGCUCAAAAAUGCUGAAAUUUAGAAGUUGUGAAGGUUCACAACCAUUGAACCAUAUUGUAAAUAGUAAAGUAAAUCAACAGUGUUCUAUGGAUUAGUUUAGAUUUUAUUGUAGCUUCUAUUACAUGUAGAUACAAUGUGAAUCAAUACAGAGGGUUCUAAAACACCUGAAAGAUUCAAUAUUUCUUGUUUGAUGUAUAUAAAAACGAACAUGAUAUUUUGUACUUUUGGCAUAUAUUAUGAAUAGUAAACAUUGAAAUAGUAGUUUUGAGUCUUGUCAACUCUUUUAUGAGUAACUGGUUUUAGAAUGUACUCAAGAAGAUUAUUAAAUUAAAGGAAUUUUUUCCUUCAUAAAUGAGGAAUUUUUAUUUGUGGAAAACCUAAAAUGUGUGGGUCCUUUUCAUUCAUUUCCCAAUCAUUAAAAGCAAAGGAUCUGACAAAAGCGUAUGGACAAAUACGAUUAGCAAACAAAUUUUGUCUCAGGUGGAUGGCUGAAGUGCAUGUCUGGCUAAGAUUUUGUGGAGCCGGUGUAGUCACUCAGCUUCAUUAAACCUUAGCAACACAUCAUUCAAACAUUCACUCCUCAAGCUCAUAAGCAUUUCUGGUCAACAAUAAAAAACUGUCUGGGAAACCCAGCUGAUAAUGUUAACUACAUUCUUAUAACUUUUAGCCCAUUAUAUGCUUGAUAAAUCGGCACAAACGGCAUCUCUCUUGAGAUUCUUUUCAAAAGUUGUAAAGAAUAAAAUUUUGUCAAUAAAAUUUAAAUCAUUGAUAAAACAUGUGGAUUGUAAGAUUUUGAUUAAAUUCAGGAUGUAAGUGUAGUUUACAAAUAUUACAAAUUACCUUUACAUGUUUAAGAUCUAAAAGUUCAGAAUUUUACAAAAAAAUGUUUUCUUUUGUCUAGAGAUAAUUAUUUUUUUAAGGUGAGCAAUUUUUUUUAAAAUUUUCAUAAUUGUGCUAAUUAUGUGUCCACAAUUUGUACAAAAAACAUCAAUAACCCAUCUGUCCCUUGAAAACAUUUAAUUUUGAAUUUAUAUUAAAAUGCAGUUGAAACCUUGUGAAUCCUAAUAACUUUUCAUCCUUUCUCACAAUUUUUAACACUCUUUACAGUGUAAACAACCAAAUACAAUUAAAGGAAUAAGGCUUGUACUAUUGGUUGGCAAAAUUUGCAGAUUUUCUCUUUUAACAAAUAUUAUCUUGUAAUAUUGUAAUUUAAGUGUAGUAAAUAAAAUUAUAAGAAGUUGAUCCCAACUAUAUUUUGUAAUACUCAAAAACAGUAUAUGCAUUUUUAAAUGCCAUGUUGUCUAGUAUUCAAUGUACAUCAUAGUAGAAGCUUGAUUAUUCAAGUUUCAUAACAUGCUUGAUUAUUGUUAUGCUUUAAUAACAUUACACUUUGGAAAAAUUAAAUGCAAUAUGCAAAUUCCAUCUAUCAAUACUCAUUCAGUUUGAACAGAACAAAUUGCUAGUUUCGUAAUUCUACCAUAUAUAUACAACAGCAGUUGAGAAGCUGCACUGUUCGCAUAAUCUACCUAAUGUGGAAACAUCGACAGAAACUGUAAAUUGAUUCAGAAUAAUAAAUUUGCUCUAAAACAGUAAUUUACGUAUUGGUAUUAAUUAACUAAGUUAAGAUUUGAAGCUAUAAGAUUUUCAAUAAUUGAUGUCACAGAUUAAUAAUUAAAUCAUUAAUUUUUCAUAAUAUAUAAGCUAGUAUAUGUCAUCUAAUGUAUUACCCAAAUUUCACAUCCAAACUAUGUUGGAUCUCAAAAUCAUCUUUCGUAAUCAAAUUUAUACUGUGUAUGUUUCAAAAUAGUUAUAAAUGUCAAAGAGUUUACUAAAGGUAAAGUUUAUUUAAAUAUAUGUGAACUAUCUCAGUUUUAAGAGAAAAUGCUAUAAUAUAGAUUAAAAUACAUGUUUUUUAUUCCGUUAA